GUUCCGCUACUCCGCACGCCAAGCGCUCUGAUUGGAGCGCGCUAACUACUCAAGUCGAGUAUAUAAGCAGAACGCUACAUAUUACAUAAUAGGAGGCUUUUUUCUUGUCGGACUCCGACGUGGUCGCGUCGGCACUCGGCAGUAGUAGUACGGACACGCACACAUUUUAUUUGGAAUAGUCUACUGACUGUCUACAUAGAUGACACUUAUACAAUAGUUUACGUUGUCUACACGUAAACGUAGAAUAUUAUAUUUUACGCGUAGAUGCACAACCCUGACUAUAAGACACGAUUAGCACGGACACGAACCACGUUCUAAUGCUAUGAUUUGAUCGACAAUGUUAUAAGAUAGACGUGAUACGUAGUUCUUUUUUUGGAAACGUGGACGUGGAGCGCUAGUGUACGAAGGAGAAUCGUCGGUUCACCCAAAAAGUCGGCAUGGCCUCUCUCACGCUUCUCUCUGGAGUGAGGAGUCUGGUCUGAAUAGUGAAUAUUCUGAAUUGCGUCGUGCGUGAGCAAACGUUCGCGGAUCCCUGGCAACUUGGUAUUUUAAUUUUGAUUGUAUUUCGUAUUGGAAAAUGGCUGCGGUUUUGCGUGUAAAACGCAAGAAGAGCUUCUCUCCGCUGGACGCGCUAGUGAUUGCGUGUAAACGCCAGAAAACCGAGGCCACCGACGUCAUCACUGACCCGGUGGAAACCGUCGUCGAGUUUCACGCCACGGUCACAGAUCCGAACGAGGAUGUUACGAAGUACGUGACCAGGUUUCUGGACCCUGAGGAUAGUUGCGUGGUCGGUGAUAAGAGACGAUUUUCCCAAUUUUGCAAUCCCUCGGGUAAUUCGAAGAGAGUCAAAUGGGUAGACGUGGACGCGGUGGAAAAGCAUAAAGUUACCGAUUGUCAGCCAUCUCUGGACAAGUCGAAUGAGAAUGAGAAGGAGCUUAGGGAUAAAUGGAUGACGAUUAUAGACGUGAAGGACAGUUGGAGUGCCUCUCAUCCGGAACAUUCAGAAGAGAAAGAAGAUACUGAGGAUUACGUAUAUGAUUUGUAUUGCGCGCAAACCUCUGACAACGUAUGGUUCGCUGGUGAUAGCCGUUUAAUGCUGAGGCAGCCAGAUUACUCGAUCGCAGAUGACGUACCCUUAGAGGAUGAUGACCACGAUUCCACAGAUUCCAAUGCAGAGUCAUAUUGGAAAAACGAUUAUCCCGAUACGGAGUCCGAUAACUCAUCUGCAGAUGAUUAUUUCGACAGAUUUAGGGACAAAAAUAGUACAAAGACUAGAAAGAAAAUUGAUUAUUUUGAUGAUUACUCGGACGAGGAGAAGGAAAUUUCAGUUUGGGACUAUAGGAAAUACGCGAAAUGCGAUAUGAAUAAUUCCAGUGAUUCGGACGAUAGUUCCGACAGCGAGUCGACCAGUAGUUCCGACGACGAUUCGUGCGAUAAAUGCAUAUCGGAUGAUGUAAUGCCAUCAUUUUGUGAAAUAUCACUUAAUGAAUCAGCCGAUGAAGAUGAUGAUACAUCAGAUGAUGAAGCGAAGAACACAUAAAAAACGAAUUGACUUUUCUCUAUAGAUAUAUAUCUUGCGUGUAAAAUCCGUCUAUCAAAAUAAUAACGACAAAAGAAAUGUCUGGAGACAAAGGGAUCGAUCGAUCGAUCACUAUACGCAAAAUCGAGGAAAAUGCUUGUUUUAAUUCGAAUUUUAAUCCAAUUGAAUCUUCUGGAUCUUUCCUAACCGGAAGGUAGAGAAAUCAUUAACCGUGAACGCAGAUGUAAAAAAUUGAAAUGACAUUACGAUGGCGCUUUCGAUUGUACAGUUCGUCAAAAGGUUUCCGCGCGCUUCCGGGAGAGGAUUAAGCGAUCGAUCCCCGGGAGGAUGUUGCGAGGGAUGUGCCUGUGUUGUUUGAAGAAAGAAUUUACCUCGUCGUCGUGGAUAUGGCAUGUAAUGAUAUACACCAGAUUUAUAGCGUAUUAUAACAAGUUGUUGGAAGUACCA